AUGCCUCGCUUACGCUUCUAUCGAGAAACAGAUGAUCGGAGAGAGGCGUAUUUGGCAGACAAAUCAAGUAGAAGAGCUAGUGAUACCGGAAAAUUACGUAAGCUUUCGUGUUUAUCAAACUUUGAAAAGCUUUUCUGGAAAACAAAUAAAUAUGAAAAGCUUCCUCAUCAUCUCAAGUCUUGCUUAGAUUAUAUUUCUAUCAUGAAAUAUCAUAAAAAACAUGAUCUGGUUCGCCUUAUGAUCGCGCAAGGUCUGAUAGCAGAUAAAUCAGGGGAGAACAUGGAGGAUGUUGCAGAAAGUAUUAUUGAUGAGUUAGUUGAGCUAGGAAGGCUUGCAGAAAAUCGCUACUUUGAUUGUCUAGAAGUUGUCGUACCCUACAAUAAUUUAUGUAUUGUUGAUGUAGAUGAACACAAAUUUUUGUCUAAAGCUGAACAUUUACCUUCUGCUAAACUUGAUUUGGACUCUGAUCGGGGUCUUUCCCGGGCCUUUAUGCAAGAUAUCUGCAAGUUGCAAUUUUUGGUGGUGUUGAGACUAUUUGGUGCCAUUGAAUCCAUUCCUGACGAAGUGGGGAAUUUGGUUAACCUCAAGUAUUUGGAGUUGGCCAAGUGUAUGAAUCUGUUUCAUCUGCCGCGGACUUUAGGUAAUCUUCAAAGACUUCAAACUCUGAAGAUAACAUAUUGUGGACGUCUACGAGAACUACCCGUGGAUAUGCUGAAACUUCAACAACUGAGGCACCUUUUACUUUCUAGUGGUUGCGUCAAUAAUGGCGAAGUCAGAGUACCCAAAGGGAUUGGAACGUUGGUCAAUCUUCAAACAUGCGAAGGCGUGUAUGCUGGAGACAGCAUUGCUAAAGAAUUGGGUACUUUAACCCAACUACGUAGAUUCGGUGCAAAACGUGUCUCUGAAGACCAUUCUAGUGAGCUAGCUGCAGCUAUUAUGAGCAUGGAAAACCUUCUCUCGUUGUCUUUACAAGCAGAGGGCGCAUGCCUUGUUAGUGAAUGGAUAGGUCGUUUUUUACCUGAACUUGAAAACUUUUCCCCUCCGCGUCUUGUUCAAAAGCUGACUUUAUCUGGAACUCUAAUUGAAAUCCCCAAAUGGGUUGCUCCCAUGGAGAAGCUUACCAAGUUAACUUUAACUUCGUCUAAUUUAUCACAAGAUGAAGCUUCUCUCCUUCAGUAUCUUCCCAAGUUAAAACACUUACAUCUAUGGGGAGCAUAUUGUUAA